AUGUUUGGUAUAACUCAUAAAUUCGGUUUAUCGUCGCUUCCUCUAGCGCCGGAAACGAUUCAUCGAAUCACAUCAGAAGAGGAGCUCAUGCAAGUCGUCAGUGAUAAACAAAGUGAUGCGCUCACAGCCUCAACAAUAACGACAACUUCAUCAUCAUCCAAUAGUCAGAUGGUAACCACGAUGGGAACACCAAAACGGACUCAACUUCUUGAUCUGACGACCAAAACUUCACUCAGCCCUACGUUCACAUUAAGAAAACCUCAGGUUAUACCUGUCACAACAGCGCCGGCUGUCAACUGUGAAAGUCAAAAUCAACAAAGGAGUUCAGUGAGUGCUGGUAGUGAACCCAUCCAAUUUACAGACGAAGACAACGAGGACGAGAUUAUUUGUUCAUCGUGUACACUCGUUAUGAUGGACAUGGACAACGCCAUUUGUGACAAUUGUUCAAAACGCGUUCACAAAGCAUGCAUGGGAUAUUUUACAUGCGAUAGAUGUGAGCGGGAAACACAACGACGGCAAAUCCGAGAGCAUGUCGAUUGCAGUCAGGGUAAACAAGCAGAUAAGAUGACAUUGAAACUUUUGAAAUUACCUCCAUUAUCAAAAUCAGAUAAUGUUCGCUUACGAGUGCCAGCAGUUGAUUGA